UAAAAGUUGGAUAUUUUUUUGGAUGAAGGGUGCUUAUAUUAGAAUAAAAGCAUUCAGGCGCUGAUCCUAAACUGGGCAUAAUUGAGCCAAUGCAACAAUGGUUACUACAGAACUAUCAUCAUCCGAGCCUAAUGCAAAAGUCUUACACAACCAAACAAAACAAAAGCCAAAAACAACAUUCUGAACCCGAAACGAAACAUAAAAAACAACAAGAAAAUAAAAACCACAGUGGAACUUCUGCAUCCACAACCCCACGAACACAUGAGGCGGGUCUAGGAGCUGAGACCCGCCUCCUCCCCGUUUUUUGCAUUGUCCAAUGCCAUCUCCUCUCCCGAGUUGUUUUCCUCUGCCGGAUCCUUCCAGACUCUCCUGCGCUUCUGGUCAACCGAGACCUCCCCUGCACUGCUUCUAUUCUCUUCCUUUGUGCCACUACUUUUUGUCUCAGUUGUACUCCCCUUGCGUCCCUGUCUCAUAAUUCCUUCAUCUUCUUGUUGAGACCUCCUGUGAUGACUCAGACCCCCUGUUUAUCAGCAUUAAAAAAAAUUCUCCAAAACAAGAUCUUCCACAUAUUUUAAUCGGCAGAAUUUCUCAGAGUGUCCCAUAAUCCCACAAAUGAAGCAAAACUUGAUAACUUUUCAUACUUAAAAUAUACCCAGUGUCCUUCCCCUCCCUUGGUCAAAGUAGAACCCUUUUUCUGGGCCUUCUCACAUCCAUCUUUACCCUAACUCUCAAGUAAGAACUCCAUUUUCCCUUAAAAUGUCUUUCAUCAAAAUGAAUAAAUUCCCCAAUGUAGUUAGUUAGUUACCCACCCUCCUAGCAGUAUCAACAUUCAUAAACUUAUACGGAACAUUGUGAACUUGUACCCAAAACUCUGCUUCAAACAAAUUCAUUUUAUGUGGUAUAUCAUUAGGGCCAACCGCCUUUAGCAAUAACAGGUUCCGCUCAAACAGCCAAAGACCAUCCUCUAUAACAUGAUUCAUAUCAAUUGUAUGAUAAAAAGUGAAUAGAUACGUCUUUUCAUCAAUUUCUUGGACCGCCAUUCCUCUUCCUGGCCUCCAGAUCGAUGCAAACAGGUCUUGUACUGCCUAAAUUCUGACUUUCUGUCUCAGUUGUACUCCCCUUGCGUCCCUGUCUCAUAAUUCCUUCAUCUUCUUGUUGAGCCCUCCUGUGAUGACUCAGACCCCCCUGUUUAUCAGCACUAAAAUUUUUCUCCAAAACAAGAUCUUCCACAUAUUUUAAUGGGUAGAAUUUCUUAGAGUGUCCCAUAAUCCCACAAGUGAAGCAAAAGCUUGAUAACUUUUCACACUUAAAAUAUACCCAGUGUCCUUCCCCUCCCAUGGUCAAAGUAGAACCCUUUUUCUGGGCCUUCUCACAUCCAUCUUUACCCUAACUCUCAAGUAAGAACUCCAUUUCCCAUUUUUCCUUAAAAUGGCUUUCAUCAAAACGAAUAAACUCCCCAAUGUAGUUAGCUAGUUACCCACCAUCCUAGCAGUAUCAACAUUCAUAAACUUAUACGGAACAUUGUGCACUUGUACCCAAAACUCUGCUUCAAACAAAUUCAUUUUAUGUGGUAUAUCAUUAGGGCCAACCGCCUUUAGCAAUAACAGGUUCCGCUCAAACAGCCAAGGACCGUCCUCUAUAACACGAUUCAUAUCAAUUGUAUGAUAAAAAGUGAAUAGAUACCUCUUUUCAUCAAUUUCUUGGACCGCCAUUCCUCUUCCUGGCCUCCAGAGCGAUGUAAACCGGUCAUGUACUGCCUGAAUUCUGACUUUCCGGUCGGUAAUGAUGAUGCCUACCACCGGAAAUUCCACCGCCUUUGCGGUUGGAACAACAACCUCUUCCUCCUCAUCAUCAAAAUUCAGAUUACUGUUUGUAUUCUCCAAAUCAUUUCUUCUGUACUGCUCCACCACUUCCUCCAUAGCUUUUAAAAUCCGUCUGUCAAAUUGCCACCUGCGUGAGAACCGUUGCUCGCCCCAAGUCACGAAUCCAAGCAGUUAAACAAAAACGCCCUCCGCUACAGUCUUCGACUCCUGCCAAGAGAACCAGCACCUAAACAUUGUUCCCGUCCCAACCUAAAGCUAGGCUGAAACGAAAAACGGAAAAAACACCACGCUACACUAGGCGGCGGUGAUAGAGCCGAACCCUAGAGAGAGAUUAACU